CAUGAAAUGAUUGCAUUUGUGUGAAGUGGUAUCUACCUAGCUUUAUUUUGCCUCUUAAAUGUUUCUCAUUAGUUUCUGUCUCUGGAUUUUUUGUUUUUUGUUUCUUCAGUUCUACUUUUUCUUUUCUUUUUUUACAUUUAAUUAAGUGAAAAAUUAAUCGCAGUAACCAUAAAAGCCAUUGACACCCAUUCAUGUCAUUUGCAUGCCUUUUAUGCAACUUGCAUGGUAGAUAUACACCGUGCGCAGUCGUACGCACUAACGAACUCCUCAUUGAAAUGAACGCCCCCCUACAGGCAGGACUCCGCCUCGGCAUGUAUCCAUCUGUGCUACAGUAGAACUGCUCUCCGUACAGUUUGCUCUCAGGUCAGCGUCUGCUUGAGCUGUGGGGACUCCUUGUCGGAGGAGCUGACAGAAUGGACGGACAGUAACCGCGCUCUUCUCUCUCUGGAUUACUUAUCUCAUUUUUUAGGUUCUGUGUUCACUGUGUUCCAUCAGUCCACUCGCUUGGCACCCCCCGUCCCCCCUCCCCCCGGAGACACCUGUCGCGUUUCAGGCUUCAGCGAUGAGAGGACGAUGGAGCUCACAUGUCACGUCUGUGUUGGUCUGUUUGAUCGUUCUGUGGCAGACAGGGUCAAAAGCAGAUUCCAAUUCAACACGUACCUUCAAAGACAUCACAACCUUCACCAAGAUCCUGGACAGUCUGCUGGAUGGAUAUGACAACAGACUGAGACCUGGUCUAGGAGACCGCGUAACGGAAGUGAAGACUGACAUCUACGUGACCAGUUUUGGUCCAGUGUCUGACACAGAUAUGGAGUACACUGUAGAUGUUUUCUUCCGUCAAAGUUGGAAGGAUGAGCGAUUGAAGUUCCAUGGACCAAUGAACAUUCUUCCUCUCAACAACCUGAUGGCGAGUAAGAUCUGGACCCCGGACACCUUCUUCCAUAAUGGCAAGAAAUCAGUGGCCCACAACAUGACUAUGCCCAACAAGCUGCUGAGGAUCAUGGAGGAUGGAACCUUGCUCUAUACUAUGAGGCUAACUGUUCAAGCUGAGUGCCCCAUGCACUUGGAAGACUUCCCCAUGGACUCUCACUCAUGUCCUCUCAAGUUUGGCAGCUAUGCCUACACUAAGACAGAGGUUACUUACAUCUGGACUCGUAAUGCCUCCCAGUCAGUGGAUGUGGCAGCUGAUGGAUCCAGACUCAACCAGUAUGACUUGGUGGGCCAGACGGUGGGAAAGGAGACCAUUAAAUCCAGCACUGGUGAAUACACAGUCAUGACAGCUCACUUCCAUCUGAAGAGGAAGAUCGGCUACUUUGUGAUCCAGACUUACCUGCCCUGCAUCAUGACAGUCAUCCUCUCCCAGGUCUCCUUCUGGCUCAACCGAGAGUCAGUACCAGCCAGAACUGUCUUUGGUGUAACUACAGUCCUCACAAUGACAACCCUGAGUAUUAGUGCACGUAAUUCACUACCCAAGGUGGCCUAUGCUACUGCCAUGGACUGGUUCAUUGCUGUCUGCUACGCCUUCGUCUUCUCUGCACUCAUUGAAUUUGCUACUGUCAACUACUUCACCAAGCGAGGCUGGGCCUGGGAUGGAAAGAGCGUUGUUAAUGACAAGAAAAAGGAAGCGUCCAUCAUGAAGAAGAACAAUGCCUAUGCUGUAGCUGUGGCUAACUACGCCCCCAACAUCACAAAGGACUCCACGUUGCCCACCAUCUCAAAGUGCGCCCUGAGCGAUCCCAACAAGACCACAGCAGAGAAGAAGCCCGAGCAGAACAAGAAAACCUUUAACAGCGUCAGUAAGAUCGACCGCAUCUCCCGCAUUAUGUUCCCUGUGCUGUUCGGGAGCUUCAACCUGGUCUACUGGGCUACCUACCUGAACAGAGAGCCAGUCAUUAAAGACAUGGAUCCUUCUAAUUGAACUGUAAGGACUCGCUCUGAACCCAUUCAGGAAUUAAUACAUCUGUUGGUUUUAAUUUUGUCAGUCAGAAACUGUUUACAUGCAUAGAGAAUUCCUUUCUCUUCCCUUACUGAGGACAGUUUUGGAUUGAAGCAGGUAAACAUAACAAGGUUAGAAUAGACUUGAGAGUUUAUAUUACAAGAGUAAGCACCUUUCCCAGGUUAUAGUUAAACAGGAUACUUUCAGUUUCAUCAGUGUCAGUCACAAAUCUACAAACACAUUGCAUAAAAAAAGAAGAUAUUUCCUCUUAAUUAUGACUUCUAAAUAUUCCAUGGUAGCAUCUGUUGUAUUAUAAAACUAUUAUAUACUAUAAAACUGCACUAAUUAAUCAUUUUAUAUUAGCAAUGGAUUAAAUGAAUAUCUUAAAGGUGAAAGAUGAUAAACGUACAGAAAUGAAUCACAGUUUGCCUCAGUGUCUCAGAGUUUUUUAGUCUUUUGGUUUAGCUUCAGUCCGCACAGAUAUAUAGAAUAGAAUAAAAGUAAGAAGUUAAAGAGUCAGAUAUUCUAUUCAGGAAAUGGAGAAAGCUUGCAGGAGGGAAAUUAAAAAUGUAAUUUUCAUCACCACGGUCCAUGAAACAGUCCAUAAUCAACAGCAGUAACAGCAAUAACAUUCUUUUCUCAUAAAUUUGUGAAAAUUGUGCCAUGAUUGGGAAAUGAAUAAUGCUGGUGGUUAAUGGAAGUCAUAAUUACAAGAAAAUGUCUGUGAAUUUUAUUUUACCAUGCCAAAUGUUUAUGAAUCUGUUUCUCUGCUAAUAUUUGCUUGCACUAAAAUGAGUUUUAUGGUCUCUUGACAGUUUUAUCAUUAAUAAACAUCUAUAUUGAUUAGGCAGUAGGGAGCUGGGAAGCAGUGAGUCAGCACUCAGUUGAAAAUACAGCAUGGCUGAGUAGGGUUGGGUCAGUUUCUGUUUUUAUUAUUACAAGCCAUUCUGGCAAAUUAAAAAGAGACAAGAAACAGCUCUCAGUGAUGUUGACCAUUUAGCCGCAAUACUCUCAGCUCUGUUUGCAGCACAUGUAGCAUUAGCAGAGUAGCAUCACGGUUUUAUUGGGAAAAAUUUGCAUAAACAUAUUGAUUUAAAUAUAUGUAUAAUCAUCACAUUCAUUAAGGUCCACUAGUGGUAUUUGGUUAAAUAUUAAACUUAAAAAUGUUUAUAUUGACCGAAGCAUACUGUUGGGUGUCGUCAUCUGAACAUUAACAUCAAUGAAACCCUCCCAACUGUUAUCUGAUUAAUCUCUGGGCAAAAACUGAGUUUUCAGGAAGUAGUCUGGGUCUGUUGGACUAGCAGUUUGUCACAUUUAACAUCUAUACCAUAUCAGUAUAUUUGCUGGGAAUUUAUUCCACAUUACAGAUUGACCACUAUAACAUCCAGGGCUACAUGGUGCUUUGCCGCUCACUGGACUCGGUUUUGCCGCUCUGUAGCUUUUGUACAGCUUUUUAGACUUUUUUCCACUGUGGACUGUGUCACACUGUGGAUGAU